CUGCAUAUUCUCUCUCUCGAUUUCUCAGCUCUUCUUCUUCUUCUUCUUCCAUCAUAUUCCGGCAGAUGGCGUCAUCUUUCCAGCAAUUUCCUCAGAUUCCUGCUCUCUGAACUUUGUCUGUUUUUCUUUUGCCUCAAGGUUUUGAAUCUGCAACAAGGUAGGAGACUAUAAAUUCUGGUUUCCUUUGGACAUUGAACUUCAAGCAUUGCAAUGGGGCAUCUAUCCUCUAUGUUCAAUGGGCUAGCGAGGUCCUUUUCAAUAAGAAAAGGGAAGAAUACUGGUAAUGGUGAUGGAAGGGAAGCUGCAGAAGCAAUGGCAAAAGAAGCAAAGAAGAAUGACUUGAUAUUGCGAUCUUCCGGCUUUAUAAAUCUUGAUGGUUCAAAGAAUUUUGCCUCAGUUUUCUCAAAGAGAGGUGAGAAAGGAGUGAACCAGGACACCUUCAUUGUAUGGGAGGGAUUUGGAUGCCAAGAAGACAUGAUGUUUUGUGGGAUUUUUGAUGGACAUGGUCCCUGGGGCCAUUUUGUGGCGAAGAAAGUCCGAGAAUGGAUGCCGUCAUGUUUACUGUGUAAUUGGCAGGAGACACUUGGUGAAACUUCAGUUGAUCCUGAUAUUGACUUGGAAUCAGAUAAAAAGCAUCAAAGAUUUAAUAUAUGGAAGCAUUCCUAUAUAAAGACUUGUGCUGCUGUUGAUCAGGAGCUGGGGCAGCACCGUAAGAUUGAUACAUGUCAUAGUGGAACAACUGCCUUGACAAUUGUCAGACAGGGAGAAGACAUUUUUUUAGCAAAUGUUGGCGACUCUCGUGCUGUACUGGCUACCACCUCAGAUGAUGGAGACUUGGUAUCAGUUCAGCUUACUACUGAUUUCAAGCCCAAUUUGCCUCAGGAGUCUGAACGAAUACUUCAAUGCAAGGGACGAGUGUUCUGUUUGGAUGACGAGCCAAUGGUGCAUAGAAUUUGGUUGCCAGAUGAAGAGUCACCUGGACUAGCAAUGUCAAGAGCCUUUGGGGAUUACUGCAUAAAAGAUUUUGGCCUUAUUUCUGUGCCUGAAGUGACCCAAAGGCACAUAACCAGCAAAGACCAAUUUGUGGUGCUAGCAACAGAUGGGGUAUGGGAUGUGAUAUCUAAUCAAGAAGCGGUGGAAAUUGUAUCUUCAACGCCAGACAGGGCAAAGGCAGCUAAAAGACUGGUUGAAUCAGCAGCACAUGCAUGGAAACGAAAGAGGAAGGGAAUAGCAAUGGAUGAUAUAUCGGCUAUUUGCCUUUUCUUCAACUCUUCUCCUCAAAAUGAGGAAGUUCCUCUUGUUAGUACACCAAAAUAGUGAUCAGAAAAUGACAAUUUCUUAUAUUUUAUUACAAUGAAUUAGUAGAUUUAGCAUUUAUAUGUAAGUAUGCAAUAGAAAGCCACUAAAUUUUGGGCACAAAUUUGGUAAUAGAAGAACCUGUCCAGUCCUUGACAAGGGGGAGAAAUGGGCUCUUCUUCUUAUCU